AUGGCAUCGACAACUCUCCAUCUUCGUGCGGAGGACAAGAUCCUCGAGCAUAGAUCCGCUCUCACUCCCUCUACCACUCGUUCCCUCCUAGAUGCUGGCUACACCAUCAAAGUGGAACGAUCCCCCACUUCACCUCUCCGAAAGCGCAUUUUUCCAGAUCAGGAAUUCGAAAAAGCGGGGGCCGAGUUGGUUCCCGAAGGUAGCUGGGUUAAUGCGCCCCGGGAUUCGAUUAUUGUAGGACUAAAAGAAUUGGACGAAACCAAGGACUUUCCUUUGAUUCAUGACCAUGUUACGUUUGCCCACUGCUUCAAGAACCAGGGAGGAUGGGAAAAAGCGCUUGGCAGAUGGAGCCGCGGCGGCGGGGUUUUGUACGAUUUGGAAUUUCUACAGGAUGACUCUGGAAGGAGAGUAGCUGCCUUUGGCUACCAUGCCGGGUUUGCAGGUGCUGCACUUUCGCUGAAGAAUUGGGCCUGGCAACUAGAGCACCCUGACGGUACUCCGUUACCCGGUGUGGACGAUUUCACUGGUGGAAAGGGAUAUUAUAUCAAUGAAGACGAGAUGGUCAACCAGAUUCGUGCAGAUGUGGAACGGGGCUCAAAGAUUGCUGGCCGCAAGCCUCGGAUAUUGAUUAUUGGCGCAUUGGGUCGUUGUGGAAGAGGAGCUGUGGAUGCAUGCGUCAAGGCAGGCUGUGAAGAUAUCCUAAGAUGGGAUAUGGAAGAAACAGCAAAGGGUGGGCCAUUCACUGAAAUCAUCGAAUCAGACAUCUUCAUCAAUUGUAUCUACCUUACAAGCAAGAUCCCGCCAUUUGUCGACGACAAUAGCCUCCUUGGCUCGAAUCGCAAGUUGUCUGUUAUUUGUGACGUAAGCUGUGAUACAACAAAUCCAAAUAAUCCUAUUCCCAUCUACAGUGCGAAUAGCACCUUUGAUAAGCCUACUAUCCAGCUUAAAUAUUCCAACCCACCUCUGAGCGUGAUCUCAAUCGAUCAUCUCCCGAGUCUUCUUCCAGCUGAAUCAUCAAACGCAUUCUCGGCCGACCUUUUACCUUCCAUGUUGGAAAUCAAGAAUCGCGCUUCGCAUCCUGUGUGGAAGCGGGCUGAGAACCUCUAUCAGGAGAAGGUGGCAUUGUUACCCGCGGAGUUACAAAAGAGAGAGGUUUAA